AUGUACAACCCAUCGGCAGGCCGCGCGACGGGCUAUGCACCGGACCAGAUGGAGCUAGACCCGCCCACGAAUGCCGAGGAGUCGGACGCGGUGGAGGUCGAUGACAUUGACAGUCUAGCCGAUUCCACCAUGGACUUUGACGACCGCAUCUCCUCGUACACGAAGUCCAUGACGGAGAGCGUGAAAAACCACAAGAAAGAAUACGGUCGGCGAUAUCACGCAUACCGAGAAGGAUCAUACAAUUUUCCCAAUGAUGAGGGAGAGAUCAAACGACUAGAUCUCAUGCAUACUCUGAUUUCAAAAACCAUCGGUUGGCGGUGGUUUUUGGCUCCGGUGAAUCACAAAAAUAUGCACCGCAUUCUCGACGUCGGAACCGGAACCGGCACCUGUAUGUAUCACAAUAAGUCGUGGCACUACGGGCAUGUAAAGGAACUUUAUGUUAUUGGGAACGACCUCAGUCCGAUUCAACCAGAAUGGGUUCCGCAAAACUGCAAGUUCGAGAUCGACGACGUCGAAAGUGCAUGGUAUAUGGAUGCGCCUUUUGACUUCAUCCACGUCCGCUACAUGGCAUGCUCUCUGCGCGACUGGCCGACAUUCGUGGGGAGAGUUUACGAUAAUCUUGAACCUAACGGCUGGGCCGAGUUCUCCGACAUGAGCGUGCUCUACGCAUGCGACGAUGGCACGUUGACAGAGGAGCAUGCACUCAUGCGGUGGGACCGGCUUUUCAUGCAAGCCUGUGAUAUACUCGGCCGCGAACACUCCCCAGGCCCGAAAUUGGAGGGCUGGAUAAGACAGGCACCCUUCACGAACGUUAAAUGUCAUCAUUUCAAGAUCCCACUCGGGCCUUGGCCCAAAGAUCUUCAUAUGAAAGACCUCGGGUGGUGUAAUCUGAUUCAGACGCUCGAAGGUCUUGAUGCCUUCACGCUGAAACUCUUUCGAAGUGUCCUCGGGUGGACCGAAGAAGCAGUUCAGGAGCUUCUGGAUGAAGUUCGCCAAGAACUUGAGAAGAAAACCUACCAUGCCUAUCUCAACUACUAUGUGGUGUAUGGACAGAAGCCUUCAUAUUAG